ACAUUUCCUGCCAGAGCAGUCCACAUCUGCUGAAGAGGUAUCGCUGCAGAUAGGAGUCAAAUGGAUUACUGUUAUUCAAGGGCCUCAGACUGUAAUUCAGAGCUACAUGGAGACAUCAUCUAGGUGUCCAUGUAUGAUUUUAUUUGUUCUGCAGCGUGACCAUGUUUCACAGAAGGAUAUGGAAACGUUUGCACAUUUUCAGCAAGAAUUUGGAAAGAAAAUGGAGGAAAAUACUGUUGUAGUUCUGGUCAGUAGCGAAGAUGAGACAUCAGUAAGGCCAAACAAAGAAUCAGAUGAGAACCUGGAUAGCAUUAUCUAUCAAUGUGGAAGUAAAGUGUGUGGUUUUAACAAAAAUCUGGAGCAAUGUGACUUAAUCGAACUACUGAUUACAUGUCGCAAAAGUGUGCCUGAGCUCCAAGUAUACAAGCAUGAAAGAUCAUCACACAGGACCACAUCUGUGGAAAGGGAGAUCCGGAAUCCACAGGAAGCAAUGACACGAGAGCAUAUACCAGGAGGCAGCCAAGUUGCCAUCAAGAAGAAAAACACCUUGACCAUUGUGCUGCUGGGACAGACCGGAAGUGGAAAGAGCGCUACCGGAAACACCAUCCUGAGAAAUCGUCAUUUUGAAUCAUUUGCCAGUUCUGUGCCAGUAACACAUGUGUGCCAGAUGGCAGGGGAAACUGUUUGUGGAAUCAAGAUCAGGGUCAUAGACACCCCAGAUUUCUUUGAUGAAGACCUAAAAAAACAGGAAAAGCAGAUAGAGAAAUGCAAAGAACUCGGGCAGCCAGGGCCUGACGUGUAUUUGCUGGUCAUGGAACUUGGCCGUUACACAGAUGGCGAGAGAGCAAUAGUUCCGAACAUACAGAGAGCGUUUGGUGCGGACGUGGUAAAAGAAACCAUUGUUCUGUUCACAAGCAAGGAGAAAUUAAGAGGGAAAACUGUAUCAGAGUACAUUAAAAACACUAACACCCAACUUCAAGAGAUGAUCUCAACCUGUGGGUCAAGGUGUCAUGCAUUUAACAAUAAUGACCACAAUGUUUCUCAGGUCGAGAGACUAUUAGAGAUGAUUUUAGAGAUGAAGAGGAAAAAUGGAAAUACAGACAUUUUAGAACACUACUCAUAUUCCAAAGAACCAGAGAAAAAGGACUGCAGAAUCCAGUAGACACUGGCAAAUGAUUCAUGUGAUAGGUGUAUAAAACUGAUUCGUUGACUUUUAUUCUGUGCAAGUAGUUUGAUUUGAAAACAUGUUUAGUUCAUUUUUGCUACAAUCAAAUGAAUAUACAUCAUUGUUAUGUUGCAUGUCAAUACUUUACAUGUACAAAUAAAGAUAUUUUA